UCAUUCUAAUUUUUUUUUAUUUAGAAUUACAAUUUUUUUUUUUUUAAUAAAAUUGUAUAAUUAUCGCCUUGAGCGUUUGGGUGUGUGUUGUGUUGUAAUUGUUUUUAUAGCAUAAAAAUUCCAAAUUCCAAAAAUGUUUGCGUCCGGCAGCAAAACUAAAAAUAAUAAUAUUAUUGUGCGUACAUCGAUGACACAUCGCCAACUACCGCUGCUGCCUACAGCAACAGCAACAGCAACAACAACGCAAGUAACUCAAAGAGCAGCACGUCGUGUUAGUUCCACUAGUGAUGAAGCACGUAUUGGCACCACACUUAGUGGACGUAAAUUGUCACUACAAAUGCGUUCGAAAUACACCGAACGCAAACCUACCCCUCACCUAUCGUCGACUGUAGCAGGUGCGCGCAAUCAAACGCAGACUAGCAGUUCAAACAAUAAUACCCAAGCUAAUUUAUAUAAAACAAGUGUCACGCAUGCAUCGCCGCCUGUUAGUGGCUCAGCCACCGUACAUGGUGAUGGGCGAAAGGUGAUGCGCGGUAUACCGAGCAAUACAGCGGCGCGCGCUACGGCACGACAACGUAGGGAGUUAGCUGCAAAAAGUGCCGAAGUAAGUGUUAAGAAAAUAGCUGAGCAUAUAGAAGCGGUGUACUGCACCGAGAUUGGUAUACAAACCAAUGAGCCAGAAAUUUUAAAUCAUGACUUGAUUAUUGGCGAUAUCAAACUAUUGCCACCAACAGCGAAUGUAGUAGCAGAGAUCGAGCGUCAACGAAAUGAAGUGAACAAAAAGUUGCUAUUGAAUACACAGCGCAAAUUCGAGGGACAUUCAGAGAAACAAGAAGAGCACUUGAACGAUUUGAAAGAGUUUCUGGAGAAGUCGGUAGUUACCAGACGUUUACGCAAAUCUAAGCUCUCAAUUGAGGUGGAUAAAAAGCUUAUAAACUCCAUGGAUGAAAUACUUAAUAAAGCAGUACCGAAAACUGAAUCAAUAACGGAUAUUAAAGGACGCAUAAAGAAAAAGGAACAGGAAUUAUUAACACUAUUCGACACUGUGGAAAAUUUACAUAUUUAAUGUAAAAUUUAAAUAAAUAUUACGGUGUUUAUUGUA